UGCCGAGCGAACAUCUUAUCAGAGGCUUGUAGUGUCAGAAGUCAUUUAGCGAUGUUUGGAAAGAUUGUUAUUCUCUGUAUGGUAGCUGCGUGUGCUGGAGCACCUUUUGAUCCAAGCGGUCGUUACGAGCCAAGCCAGUUUGGGUCAUUUGGUCAAAUACGCGCUAUAGAGCAAAAAGUAAACGACAUGGAAGCGAAAGAGCACAUGAUGGAGAGCCGGCAGUCUGCCAUGACUGAAGCUAUUAAACAGGAACUGACCAAACUUGAACUUGACACUAAGACUGUGAAAACCGUGCUUAAUACACUAGCAGAGGACAACGUCAAAAUGCAUAAUGACAUUCAAUUGCUAAAAGGUCACAGUGCUGCUAUAAUAAACUUAGGUCGAAAGAUGAUGAAGCUCGAGCAGACGAUGGAUGGCAUACAGAACACACUGGCGGACAUACUACGAUGAAACGUUCUUUGCAGAACUAAUUUUACAGUUAGCUGUAAAUUUCUUAGAAAUAAAUAUAUAAAUGUAUUAA